GGGGGCCGUCACACCGCCCGGCCCCGACGGCCCGGGAGCCCCGGUGAGGAGGCUUCCUGUCCGGGAAGAGCCGCCGCCGGGUGCGCUUGGCGAUGACUGAUUCUGCCCGCUCUCCCUGCCUCAGAAGGAUAAAUCUUUUGGGUAAGAAAAUUGCUGAGAAAGCUAGAUCACACGGAGUGCCGGAGCCUCUCCGAGCAGCCAGAAAGCCCCGGGGAAAGCGGCGAGUGCGUGUGCGGCGCGCUGGGAGUUCCAGCUCUGCUGUGGAGCGGUGCACGCUGUGUGCAUUUUUGGGGGGCCUGGAGGAACUAGAGUCAAUUUACCAUGAUUAAAGGCACAAGCAAGGAGGCGCCACACAUUUGCAUACGCCUUCAUCUUUCCUAAGUGGAUUUUUGAGGGCAGCGCAGCAGACAGAGCUGGGCUCGGCGUCCCCCUCCGCCGGAGGAGCGCCCCGCCGUGUGGCCUCGGGGACUGGAGGUCUUGGACUCCUCGCCGGCCCGAGGGCCUCGGCAGCCGCGGGUCGGGUCUCGGCACCAGGGCCCUGUCGCGGCCGCGCUGCCCUGGGAGCGGUGCCGUUCCGCCGUCCGGUCCCCGCUGCGGCGACAGGCGCAGCUCUGCGCUGCCCUCCCUCUGGCCGCGGCCCAGCGGCUCAGCCCGGCGUCGGGCACAACGCGCAGAGGCCGCGCCUGCCAAGAGGGCUCCGCUGGCGGCGGGCACCGAGCGCCUCGGCUUCCGGCUCAGCCGCAGCCCCUCCGGCCCCGGUCUGGGCACGGCCCGUGUUACCAGCGCAGCCCCGUCCCUCGCCAGGCCCCCCUGCCCUGAGCCGCACGGCCCAGCCCGGCAGCAGCCGUGCUGCGAGGUGCCCAGCGCAGACGGCUGAGGCCCAGGGGCAGCAGUGGCGGACAGGGACUCGGGUCCCUGCGCAGCCUCUUGGGUCCAGUUCGGACCAAAUUCAAGCGCUCUCGCUCCCAACCGGUUCGGCUUCCCGGGGGCUCUGCGCGCCAGGCGCGGGCCGAGACCCGACGGGGCGGCCGAGGCGCUGCUGGCAGAGGCGUGGCGCGCACAUGUGUCCCCGCGGCGGCCGAUGCCAGGUGCAGGGCUGGGGGCAGAGUUUACCGCCAGGCUCUGACGGCUCCGCGGGUAUCCCAGCCCGGGGCUGGGGGGAGGGAGUUGUCUUUUCCCAGUUCAGGGCAAAUACUUUCGUUUCACUGGGAAAUUUAACCUCUCCUUGGAGUUGGAUCCAUUAUACGGGUUUAAUAUCCGCUCUUUUACAGCUCAGUGUUGUAAAGGCAGCAGCCAGGUCUGUGAACUCUGACAUGUGCACCCACGGGGGGGCAAGGAGGGGGUUGCCGGCGCGGGGCGCGCCUGCGAGCGCAGCCUUUCAUCUGCGGGGCCGCCACACCGGCCCCGCCGGCCGGCAGCGGGAGGGGGCGGCGGCGCUCCCCCCCCGUGUUGCCGGGUCGGGCCCGAAGCGUCCGCGCUCCCGCCUGGUCCUUCGGGUCCCCCGCCGCGGCAACCCAGGGGUUCUGACGAGGCCCCACCGCUCCACCGGUCCCGGGGAACGGGCUGGGCCGGCGCGGCGGAGGCCGUGCCCGAAUCGGUGGCCUCCCCCGCGCCGGGACACGGCAGGUGCGGAGGCCAGGAGCGCCAGCUAGGCGCUCCUCGCCGAGGGCUGUCCCUGUCAGCCGUACGCGCUUCCCGCAGAGACCCGCUCUGGAGAGUCGCCUCUCCCGCACAGGCGUGAACGGGGCGGUGCGUCGGAGGGACGGGAAUGGACGAGGCGACCCCGAACUUUCCGCUUUUUUUCCCGCGAAAUGGCAGGUGCGUAGGGCGGCCCGGGCGGGGGCACCGGGCCAGCGCUGACCGCGGGGCCGGGCCGGGCCCUCCGACAUCUGUAGCGGGACAAGCGGGACCGGCAGAAGCGGCCCGGCCCGGCCCCACGGGCACUGCGAGCGCUUGGCGCUGCCGCCAGCGAGCGGUCCUGCGGAGCGGCGCCGGGAACGCGGUGCAGACGGCCGCGCCAGGUUGCCCCGCAGGACCUGGCACCCGCGGGGCAGCCGCAGGUCACCGCGGGUCCCGCCGUCCCCGAACAUCAGCCGCAGCUCCCGAUGCGGGCGGGCUGCCCGUGCCGAGCGGCCCGUGGGGCCGUGGCGACCGCGGGAGCGCUUGUGCAGGGAGCGGGUUCCCGCUCCUCGCGAGUGGGGGAGCAGGCCGCUCCUCUGCUUUGACGACGCGCAGCUGGAUUUCUAUACAUUUAAUUGAGGAAUGUAAACCCCUUGUUUUUUCGGGGAAAAAAAAAGAGCAUUCCCACAAUGAGAAUCGUUUCGCCCUGCGGCUGAGCAGCCUCAUGGUUACAACUAACGUCUCUCCCCGCCGUGCCGAUCGCAGCACGGACCGCGGCCGCUCCGAGCCGUUCUCCGUCGUCCUCCGCGGCGCCGCGGCCGGCGGGGAGCGGUCGAGACGGCGCCGGCUCCCCUCAAAACCGGCUUCAUCGCCCGCCCGCGGUUCCGCGCAUCCAUUGCUCCCAGGACCGCCUGGGCCGGCGGCGCAGGGUUCGCUGCGCGGAGGGAGCCCCGCCCGUGCUCGCGGCCCUUCCGCGUCUCGCGCGACUGAGCCCGCUCGUCGCGCAGCUAUCCGCACGGGAACAACGCAACGGCCGAUGUUUGUCCCGUCCCUGACCGGCCCCGAUCGCGCGGAGUCCCGGUGGGGCCGGCGCGGGUGCGUGGGCCAGGUAGGGCGGCGGCCCUGGCCCGGGGCCGCACGGACACCGGGCCGCUGACGCGCCCUUUGAGCGUCUUUUGCGCGCCCGCGCAGCGCCGCGCUCCCCGCGGGUGGGCUACGGACAGGAGCCUCCGCCGCAUCGGCGCUGCCCCCGGCUCCCCCGUCCUGCCCCAUCGGCGCUGCCCCCGGCUCCCCCGCCCUGCCCCGCCAUCCCGGGGAGACAGGGCAUCCGCCGGCGUGGAAAAACAAAGAAUUUGGAGAGAAAGACGAGAGGGCUUUGCCUGCAAGACGUUAUCACUUUUUACAUAAAUAUAUUAAUAGUUAGCAAUAAAUGCAGUAAUGCAGUCGGUAGAUAAUUGUGUUACAUUAUUUGAUUGAGCUUUUCUGCUGUGACUCUGCUGAACUGACUUUGUAACCAGAAAUCAGAAAACGACCACGUAAAAUGGGGAAAAUCAGAAACCUCUCAAAUAGAUAGUGCUGCUAACCUCGCCGUUCUGAGCACUCCCUUGAACAGCGGAGCGGAUUGCUGCUUUCUGGUUUGUAUUAGUGAUUAUUGCACUGUCAUUAAAGAAUGCAGGGGUGGAAAUAUUUGCUUCGGGACUUAAGCUCACGCGGUACAACAAGAGGGAAGCAAAACGCCGAAGUGUGCGUGCGGCAUAGAAAGAAUAACGCUCAACAAACUCUCAGAAUACCCGAAAGCAGGAGACCCUGAGUGGGGAGGACUCGGCGCUCCCUGCUCCGCCGAGAGCCCCGGCGCUGCGGAGCUGCUCUGCCCCCGCUUCAGAUCCAUCUUGGCUACAGGCUCUGCUCCCCAGCUCCCUAACGCACACGCCUGGCAGCUUGUCAUGCAGAGUGCCUGCGUGAUGUAAUUCCCCAGCAUGACUAUUCUCACCUGAUGCCAACUGAUCGCUCUGAAGAUGCGCACGAAGCUGCAGGCUCUUCUGGCAGCAUUUUCUUGCCCUCUCUCCUUCUCUCGCAUGGCGUUUCUGUCUGCCACGCCGGGUGCUGGCAAGACACGACCCGGAGCAGCCCCCGGGGGUCUCGGGGGCUCCGUCGCCCUCAGUGGGGCUGUCCCGCCGCUCCCGCAGCCCCCGCCGUGCGGGACACCGGCGGCACGGAACAACACGCUAUUUUUGUCUCCCGUUAACAAUAAGCACAAAGCUUACUAUUUCUAGUUAGCUUGGAACGUGAGUUUAUAUAAACUCAGCUGUGGCAUCUGACUGAAGAAGAAUCCAUUCUAAAGGUGUUUUCCUUAAAGAAAUCCUCUGAUCCCGGGGCUCAAAGGUUAUCACGAACAAUAAACACUUUCACCCUCAGCCUCCUUUAGACAAUGACAGACGAGCCAAUUUGGCACUCCUCCCCGCACUACAGAUUUGCUCCUCUAAUUAUUUUAGCAUUUUUAUUUUAGGUCAGAAUAAGAGAUUUGCAUUAUUUUCACUGGAUUCCUGGUGCCCGGUUUUGCCUCUAUUGCACGCUGAGGUGUCCUGGACCUCACAUGAGGAGGACGGAGGAGAACGGUCAAAGGGAGAUGGAGACGGUUCGACCGCUUCUGGCCCCAGCCUCGGCUUUACUCUUCCCGCAGAGAUCCCCCGGGUAUCUCUGAAGUUCAAUAUUUGCAUAAUGCGGGGAGGAAAACUGUUCCCUAAGAACAAUCCGAUACACGUGUAUCGAAAGAGUCGCAUUUGCCACAGCUCCGGAGCCCCCUUUCAACCCGGGUGAAAAGGGGCUAUAAAGCAGAUAGCUGGAACACGGGAUGGAGAAUUUCAAAGUCUGAUUUUCAAUGGGACUCCUGCAAACGUAAAUGCGUUUGGUUGCAAUCUCGGUCACGCAAAAGCUUGGGGGGCAGCAUGCCGCCUCCGACAAUCUGACGCUUUUGAAGCAGCGGCUUUUAUAGCAUAAAUUCUGAUUUGUCCAUUUCACACAAGACCGAGAGUUAAACUCUUGUUCAAUCCUUAGCAUUUUUAAGCUCGAUUUAAAAAACAAAAAAAACCCCAAACAAACAAAGAAAAAAAAAAACCAACCAAACAAAAACCAACCGAACAAACAAAUCCCCAAACAAACAAAAAAACGAAACCCAACAAAACAGAACACCCCCCACCCCCAGGCUCAAGCAGCUAGUCAUAUAAACUCAUCGAUAAAUGCAUUUCCAUGUCUGAUUUGGGCUGCAACGGUACGAUUAGAGUAGCGGAGCUGUUAGAGCAGCGCAGGCGCUCAGCCCCGCCAUAGGCGAGCUCUGCACCGUCCAGAGCCCCCGCUCAGGACCCCGGCCCCGCUCAGCCGGGCUCGGAGCUGCGCUCAACGAGGCGAGUUAAGAAGAGAAUAGAAGAGAAAGGAAAGAGAGCGGAGGCCUCGCCUCUCGCUCCCUGUGCGGGCUCUGCGCGCUUUCCCAGCGGAGCUCCCGGGACCCCCGACCCGGCGGUGCGGGACCCCCGGCAGCCCCGCACCUCUGCAGCCCCGGCUCAGCCCCACGCCGGCUGCGGAGCCAGGAUCGCCUGGGACAGACACUCAGACUCAGAUUCUUAAAUACUAACAGCACACGAGCGCCCAGGUCUUAAUUUUUACUAGUGUCAAGGAAUAAACCCAUUGCUCAUAAAAGCGGGGGAAGACUGAGAAUGUUGAUGUGUUGUUAUACCGGUUUUUUACAUGACAGGUUAUAAGAUUACUCAGGAGGCCAAUACAGCACGUUAAAGGGGCUCUCACGUCCCGUUUUCCUCAGCUGUGAAAGUUGGUGAAGUGAUAGGAUUAGGGGUUAUACACAUUUAGAGUGCUGUAUCACUUGGAGGAAUUUCACAGCAGAACAUAAGUAAGAAACCUCAAUUAGCUGAUUUCAAGCUAUCAUCAUAGACUGGACAGCAUGCCGUACGUUUAAAAUGUUGUGUCUAAUGUCUUUUAUUCUAGAGAUUAUUUUCCUUGGCUUUGUGUGAGAAAAAGGAGCUGCAAUCAAAGAAUCUAAGAAAAAGUGCGGUUCAUUAGUAAAAUAUGAUAUCAAGAUAUUAAUAAGAUUCAUUAAUGUAAGAUAUUGAUAAGAUAUCAAAAUGCUGCUGUUAAAAUGGAAAAAGGCAGUUGUGAAACCUGUAAGAUUUCAAAGUUUCAAGUUGAAUUGGCCAGAAAAGAUGGAGAAGUGUUGCACACCGUUAACGUUUUGUUGGGAACUCCUAGGGCGCCUCUGUUGCCAGAGCAGCCGCCGCUCGCUGCCGUUGGUUUCCAACAUCUCCGGCCCGUCCCCAUUGGCCGCGGAGACCCUGGGAGCCCAGCGCUGUCCCCGUGCCCCGGGCAGGGUGGCUCACGGGCUGCGGCGCAGGGACGGGCUGGAUCUGCCCCAGCUGGGGCGCUAAGGGCUGGGGAGAGACGGACAACGGGACGUACGGGGCAACAGACGGCAAAGAUGAAGAGGAAUUUUCAGGAUAACGUUUUGUUUCCUUUUGGCAGGUGAAAGACAUACAAAGCAGUUGUUGGUGGUGACUAAACAGAGUUCUCAGCGCUCUGAGAUGCACGGCUGAAAACACUGCGUGUCCAUUAGCAAGAAUAUGUGCUUCUAAAAUAUAAUUACCUUGGAAAAAAAAAGCAUUUUAAUUUCAAUUACAAUUGUUCUAUGAGAGACAGAUGUGAACUGCUAAAAUGUUUAUAACGUGGCUUAACAGUAAAAAAAACAAAUAUUAAUGAAAUGUGUUUCACUGAUGGGAUUUGAUUGGCAUACUGUAUUAAUUACAGGCCUUUCACCUCUGAAACUGCUGUUCUAAUCCUGUCAGUACCCAGGGAAAACAAUUUAAAGCUUGUUUAAAUAUUCUGAAAUGAUAUAGAAUCAUACAGGCAUCACACAAAAAAAUAGAAUUUCAGCCUUAGUUGCCUUUUAAGGAGCAUCUGCCAACAUAUGUGUUCUGGUUAUCAUUCUACAACGUCAGUACACCUAGAAUAUUUACAGACACUACUAUGCCCAAAUAAUAUCUGCUGGAUCCACAACUUGGAAUGGAAAUCCAAACGGUAAUCGAGUCUCUCCCACGCCACGGCCGAGCCCGGCGCAUCCCCAGCAGGUGGAGACGGGAGCGCCGGUGCCUCCGGUCCCAUGCACCUAUAAAGCACCAAGAAAGGGCAGCCCAUUUCAGGAGCCUAAGCCCAGGCGUGCAAAACCCAUCACUUGGCUUUACAAAUAUAAGAGCAGUUUAAAAGCCAUGGAUCUUAAACCGUCCUUUAUUUUUAUUCCUAGUGGCCAAAGCAGAGGUUCCUGCCUGAUCACAUUUGUAAGUUUUUCU